AAUGGGGUGGUCUGGACCUGUGACAGCCCCUGCAUUGGAGUCCGUACUGACUGCCUGAGACCCUGCUCAUUUGAAAAUCUGACAUCAGCUGGGCAGUCACCACCUCCAUCCCUCCUCCCUCUACUCUGACACAGCAUUUAGCACCUGAAUCUUCGUUUCUCUCCCAGGGACCCUCCAUUCCCCAUAUCCAGGAAAAUGUGAUGAGCUAUAGGUAUCAGCUUCUAGAUCACCAGUUAACGUUCUAGAUACAAGUGACUGGAAGAUCCAGGGCCAGCGAGGUCCAUCAGGAAGAUGUCUAAAGAAAUGGCAGACCAUAGAGAAGAAGGAGAAGCUGGGGAAAAAGAGGCUUGCGGAGAGCAGAUCAAAGAAUCGGACAAAGAAGAGGAACCACCAGCUGCUUCAUCCCAUGGCCAGGGGUGGCAUCCAGGUGGCAGAGCACCUAGGAACUCAAGGCCUGAACCUGGGGCCAGACCCCCUGCACUCCCCGCCAUGGUCAAUGACCCACCAGUACCUGCCUUAUUGUGGGCCCAGGAGGUGGGCCACGUCCUGGCAGGCCGUGCCCGCAAGCUGCUCCUGCAGUUUGGGGUGCUCUUCUGUACCAUCCUCCUCCUGCUCUGGGUGUCUGUCUUCCUCUAUGGCUCCUUCUACUAUUCCUACAUGCCGACAGUCAGCCACCUCAGCCCUGUGCAUUUCUACUACAGGACCGACUGUGAUUCCUCUGCCUCCUUACUCUGCUCCUUCCCUGUUGCCAAUGUCUCACUGGCUAAGGGUGGACGUGAUCGGGUGCUGAUGUAUGGACAGCCGUACCGCGUUACCUUAGAGCUUGAGCUGCCAGAGUCUCCUGUGAAUCAAGAUUUGGGCAUGUUCUUGGUCACCAUUUCAUGUUACACCAGAGGCGGCCGAAUCAUCUCCACCUCUUCACGCUCCGUGAUGCUGCAUUACCGCUCAAACCUGCUCCAGAUGCUUGACACGCUGGUCUUCUCUAGCCUCCUGCUGUUUGGCUUUGCAGAGCAGAAGCAGGUCCUGGAGGUGGAGCUAUACCCAGAAUACAGAGAGAACUCGUACGUGCCAACCACCGGAGCCGUUAUCGAGAUCCACAGCAAGCGCAUCCAGCUGUACGGAGCCUACCUCCGCAUCCAUGCCCACUUCACUGGGCUCAGGUACCUGCUGUACAACUUCCCCAUGACCUGCGCCUUCAUCGGUGUUGCCAGCAACUUCACCUUCCUCAGCGUCAUCGUGCUUUUCAGCUACAUGCAGUGGGUGUGGGGGGGCAUCUGGCCCCGACACCGCCUCUCUUUGCAGGUAAACAUCCGAAACAGAGACCGUUCCCGAAAGCAAGUCCAGCGAAGGAUUUCUGCCCAUCAGCCAGGAGGCACAGGACCCCAAGGCCAGGAGGAGUCCACUCAGCUGUCACCCAUUACAGAGGACAGUGAGAGCCGUGCAGAUCCCUCGGGGCCAGAAGGCCAGCUGUCUGAGGAGGAGAAACCAGAUCAACAGCCCCUGAGUGGCGAGGAGGAGCUAGAGCCUGAGGCCAGUGAUGGUUCAGGCUCCUGGGAAGAUGCAGCUCUGCUGACAGAGGUCAACCUGCCUGCUUCUGCCCCUGCCCUUGCCCCGGAGACCGUGGGCAGCUCUGAACCCUCUGCAGGCACUGUCCGACAGCGCCCCAUUUGCUCUAGUUCCUGAAGAGAACAGGGCAGAAUCCCCACAUUCCAGCCCUUUCCCACCUGAUCCCUUUCCCCUUCCAGGGCUCCCCCAAUAAACUAUUUUUGUGCCAGCUGCC